AGUUCAAAUCCCAAUAACCACAUGGUAGCUCACAAACAACAAUCUGUAAUGGGAUUUGAUGCCCUUUUCUGGUGUGUUUGAAGACAGUUACAAUGUACUUACAUAAAAUAAGUCUUUUUUAAAAGAAAGGAAAAGAAAAGAGAAGAAAAUGAGAUUCUGUACUACCAAGCUAGUCAGUACUCCUUCAAAGGCUUGGUCAGGCAUUCAGCAGCAGCACCUGUUAAUUGAUUAAGAACGAAAGUGUUCUGGUUAAUUGACCGCAGACCUUUUGAAUGUCUGGGACCUCAGCAGUCUGACCUUCCUGGUAAACUGCUUUACAUUAUACAGCCGUUCCAAUCAGACAAAUUGGCCCAGAAUAUAUUUUUUUGAUAAUCAGUCUAAGAAAUCUGAAGUAACAAGUCAUACUUAAAAGGUUUUUUGGCUAAUAGUAAUUAAUGAUUAUUGAGUUAUUCUAGGCGCCAGCCUCUUUGCUAAGUCUGGAGGCUUUAUCUGAAUUCUAUAAAGGUUAUAACACUGGAUCGAAUGUGUUUAUUAUCACACAUUAUCAAAACCAAAAUUUUAAUUACUGAAACUAAUUAAGGCUGGCUAUAUUUUUGAUAGGAAUAAAGUGUCUACUUAAAUGUCUUUUUAAUACGGCUCGAUAAACUUGUUGAUGUUGACUUUUCAAAGUGCAAAACAAAGUCUUAUUCUGUUUUAUGUUGAAUAUCUAAUUUGAAUGAUGGUAUUUAAGAUACUAUAUUUAACUUUUAUAUCUAUGACUUAAUUUACAUAUAAUAAUUAUAUAUAUGUCUUGUACAGUGUGAUAUGUAUGUAUGUAUGUAUGUAUGUAUCUGUGCCUGUCCAUACACAUGCAUACAUAUAAAAUAUGCAAUGACCAGAUCAGGCUGAGUAUACUAUUCAGGUAGAUGCUAGGGUUUUUGUUUUAUUUUCAUAAAACAUUCAUUUUUAAAGUGGAAUAGAUAAAGCAUUCUGUGAUAUGCUAGACCUUAAGAACAUUGGAUAAAUAAAAAUCUAAACUUAAAUAUUUACUUAUGAUACAGAGAGAUUCUUAAUAAUUAUCAGCUUUUACAUAAAAAUUUAGUAAAAUAUUUCUCAGUAAUUAUCACAUAAAUGAAGUGCUUGGAUGGUGCAGUAGGUGCUCUAGAAGUGUGUGGCAUUUUAUACUUCACCUCGGUCCUCUUCCUUCCUUUGUUCGUAGUUCUUUUCUUACUAAGACUGAUAAAGUACAUUUCUCUUCUGCCAGUGCUGCUUUGGCUGUUUAAAUUGACAUCCUUCUUUAAAUAUGAUUUUCACAUCAUACUUUAUAUUAAAGUAAAUAACUUGAAGUCUAUCUUUUCAGAUUAUCAGAUCUUUGAGCAGGGAAAGCAGAUAUGCAAGACCUGAUUGCUAACAGGGAAUCUGUGAGCAUCCGUUUGCCUUUUCUGUUGCUCUCCUUUACAUCGGAUUUUUGGCGAUUGAGAAGAUUGUCUACCAAAUAUAGAACAGAAAAGAUUUAUCCCACAGCCACUGGAGAAAAAGAAGAAAAUGUUAAAAAGAACAGAUAUAAGGACAUACUGCCAUUUGAUCACAGCCGAGUUAAGUUGACUUUGAAGACUCCAUCCCAAGAUUCAGAUUAUAUCAAUGCAAAUUUUAUUAAGGGCGUGUAUGGGCCAAAAGCAUAUGUGGCAACCCAAGGGCCUUUGGCGAAUACAGUCAUAGACUUCUGGAGGAUGAUAUGGGAGUAUAAUGUUGUGAUCAUCGUGAUGGCCUGUCGAGAAUUUGAGAUGGGAAGGAAAAAGUGUGAGCGCUACUGGCCUUUGUAUGGAGAAGAUCCUAUAACAUUUGCACCAUUUAAAAUUUCUUGUGAAAAUGAACAAGCAAGAACCGACUACUUCAUCCGAACACUUUUACUUGAAUUUCAAAAUGAAUCCCGUCGGCUCUAUCAGUUUCAUUACGUGAACUGGCCAGACCAUGAUGUUCCUUCGUCAUUUGAUUCUAUUCUGGACAUGAUAAGCUUAAUGAGGAAAUACCAAGAACAUGAAGAUGUGCCUAUUUGUAUUCAUUGCAGUGCAGGCUGUGGACGAACAGGUGCUAUUUGUGCCAUAGAUUACACGUGGAACUUACUGAAAGCAGGGAAAAUUCCAGAGGAAUUUAAUGUAUUUAAUUUAAUACAAGAAAUGAGAACACAGAGGCACUCCGCAGUACAAACAAAGGAGCAGUAUGAACUUGUUCAUAGAGCUAUUGCUCAACUGUUUGAAAAACAGCUACAACUGUAUGAAAUUCAUGGAGCACAGAAGAUCGCCGAUGGUAAUGAAAUCACCACUGAAACUAUGGUCAGUUCCAUUGAUAGCGAGAAGCAAGACUCUCCUCCCCCAAAGCCACCGCGGACUCGAAGUUGCCUUGUAGAAGGGGAUGCCAAGGAAGAAAUACUACAGCCACCAGAACCUCACCCGGUGCCACCCAUCCUGACGCCGUCACCACCUUCAGCCUUCCCAACCGUUACCACUGUGUGGCAGGACAGUGACAGGUACCACCCAAAGCCAGUGCUGCACAUGGCUUCACCAGAGCAACACCCAGCCGACCUCAACAGAAGCUAUGAUAAAUCAGCGGACCUAAUGGGGAAAAGUGAAUCAGCUAUUGAGCACAUAGAUAAGAAGUUAGAGCGCAAUUUAAGUUUUGAGAUUAAGAAAGUCCCUCUCCAAGAAGGCCCCAAAAGUUUUGAUGGGAACACACUCUUGAAUAGGGGACAUGCGAUUAAACUUAAAUCUGCUGCAUCUUCUGUAGUUGACAAAACCUCUAAACCACAGGAGUUAAGUUCAGGUGACCUAAAGGUUGAUGAUGUAUCUCAGAAUUCUUGCGCGGACUGUAGUGCGGCACAUUCAGACAGAGCUCCUGAGUCUUCAGAGGAGUCCCCGAGGAACUCACACACACCUCCACGGCCAGACUGCUUGCCUCUUGAUAAGAAAGGACAUGUAACGUGGUCCCUUCAUGGACCUGAAAAUGCCACACCUGUACCUGACUCACCCGACGGCAAAUCCCCAGAUAAUCUUUCCCAGACUCUGAAAACCGCGAGUUCCACACCCAACUCCACCGCAGAAGAGGAAGCCCACGAUCUUAGGGAGCACCGCAACAGCUCCCCUCUGUUGAAAGCUCCUCUCAGCUUUACCAACCCUCUUCACUCUGACGACUCGGACUCAGACGGAGGGAGCUCUGAUGGUGCUGUGACCAGGAACAAAACUAGCAUUUCGACAGCAAGUGCCACAGUGUCUCCUGCCAGUAGUGCUGAGAGCGCUUGCACUAGGAGAGUAUUGCCGAUGUCCAUUGCCAGACAGGAAGUAGCAGGCACGCCGCAGUCGGGUGCUGAGAAAGAUGCUGAUGUUAGUGAGGAGUCGCCUCCUCCCUUACCUGAACGAACUCCCGAGUCUUUUGUAUUAGCAGAUAUGCCUGUAAGAUCUGAGUGGCAUGAACUUCCAAGUCAGGACUGGUCUGAACAAAGCGAAUCUGAAGGCUUGACAACCUCUGGAAAUGAAAAACAUGAUGCAGGGGGCAUCCACACAGAGGCUUCUGCAGACUCUCCACCUGCUUUCAGUGACAAGAAAGAUCAAAUAACAAAAAGUCCAGCAGAAGUCACAGAUAUUGGUUUUGGUAAUCGCUGUGGAAAACCUAAAGGACCAAGAGAUCCACCUUCAGAAUGGACAUGAUUCAGGGAGUUAAAAGACACUUUAAAUUAUACUGGAAAAUUCAAGUGCCACUGAAAGCCAGGUUUAUAGUAUUCCAUCUUUAAAUGUGGGACUGAUAGCAGUGUAGAUUGUUAGCUUAAUGUUUUGCUGGGACCAUCUACCUGCCUUAUACUACACUUAGGAAAAAGUAUUAUAUUGUUUAUUUUGUAACUUCAAGUAUUAUUGCCUUAAUGUCUCUUAACCCUGUUACAAGCUGCUUGUAGACCUGUUAAUAUAGUAAUACUUUUAUGAUAAAUUGAGUUAAAGGACUACUCUUUUGCUGUUUUAUCAUGUAUGCAUUAUUUUGUAUAUGUACAGGGCAAGUAGGUAUAUAAUUUGAUAAAGUCCUAAAAUAUUAUUAACAGAAGAUGUAAGAAUUUCUGCAUGGUCUAAGUCUUUGUGUAUCUUACUUGUAAAUUAUUUGCCCUGAAGUUUUAGAAAACAGUUUCUGAAUUUUAAACUUGCUGGAUUCAUGCAGCCAGCAUUGCAGGUUAUCAGAGAUCAAAGAUUGUAAUAAUAAUACAUUUUGUAAAUUGUAAGCAAAAAGUUAUUUUUAUACUAUAUACUGUCUAAUUGUUCAUCCUAAUGGUUCUUGUUUUCAUCUAGUCAUGGAGAUUCAGUAAGUGCCUUGGAACAAUAUUGAAUUCUCUUAGCUCGUGUGUGUUACUUUAAAAUUUGAAUUCAACUGGGGUUAGAAGACUAUCAGAAUAUAUGUAUGUUUCAGGAUAUUUGACCUGCCAUUAAAAAAACAAACAGUUUUACACUGCUACAUAUUGUAUU